AUGGGCGCCGGCCUCGCCGGGAGCCUCCUCGCCAACGGCCUACUCCACGCCUCCAUCCCCGUCACCGUCUGCGAGCGCGGCGAGGAGAACAACAGCAGCGGUGGAUACCAAAUCCACCUGGACGAGUCCGCCCUCAUCGGCCUACGCGCCUGCAUGUCCGAGGCCGAGAUAUCAUCAGUGGUCGCAAAGUUUGGCCGCGCCGGGGGGAGGAAGGGACAGGCGGCUGUUCUGCGGCACAAGGACUUUGGCCUGCUCCUAGACCUUAAGGCGUUUCCGGACUACACCAAGUCCGCUCCUAUCAAACGGGGAAUACUGAGGGACGUGCUGGCGGCGCCCUUGGCGCGAGCGGGCGUCGUGCAGUACGAGAAGCGGUUCGUCAGGUAUGAAGUUUACCGUACUGAGGGUCGAGAGCAGGUGCGGGCUUUCUUCGAUGAUGGUCAAGUGACGAAUGCGACCUCCUAG